GCUGUGGCCGGGUGCCUCAGCGGUGUUGGAGGGGAGACGCUGCGGGCUUGUGGGCGACCCUGACUUCCAGCUCGGUGGCUGGGCCGGAGCGUGUCAGCGGCGGCGAGGAAAGGACGGUUUUCUUUCUGGAUGUUUCCUAAGCUGUGUAGUGAUGCAAAAGAAAUCUUUUUGAAGUUAUAAUGGAUUUGACACGGCAUCAUAAGGAGAACUGGCUUAGCAGCAGCAUUUUUGCUUGAAGGGAGCAAGUAUAAUUGCUAAUAAUCAUGACAACUUCUCAUAUGAAUGGACAUAUCACAGAAGAUUCUGACAAUGAAUCAAAAAAUGUGGAUCUUGCAUCUCCUGAGGAACCUCAGAAGCACAGAGAAAUGGCUGUUGAUUGCCCUGGGGAUUUGGGCUCCAGGAUGAUGCCCAUGCGGCGAAGCGCUCAACUUGAGCGAAUCCGUCAGCAGCAGGAGGACAUGAGGCGCAGACGGGAAGAAGAGGGAAGGAAGCAAGAACUGGACCUUACUGCUUCCAUGAGGCUAAAGAAACUAGCACAAAUCCCUCCUAAAACUGGAAUAGAUAAUCCAAUAUUUGACACAGAAGAAGGAAUUGUUUUGGAGAGUCCUCAUUAUACUGUGAAGACACUUGAGGUGGAAGAACUGUUAACUUCUCUUAAGCACAUCCAGCACAUUUUGGUAGACCCUCAGAGCCAAGAGGAUAUCUCUCUCAUUUUACAGCUUGUUCAAAAUAGUGAUUUUCAGAAUGCUUUUAAGAUCCACAAUGCUGUUACAGUGCACAUGAACAAAGCCAGCCCUCCAUAUCCUCUCAUCUCCAAUGCACAAGAACUAGCACAAGAGGUACAGACUGUUUUGAAACCCAGUCACCAAAAGGAUGGGCAGGAGCUGAAUGCUUUGCUGAAUGCCCCUCACAUGCAGGCACUUCUACUGGCUCAUGAUAAGGUUGCAGAACAAGAAAUGCAACCUGAGCCUGUAACAGAUGAAAGAAUUUAUGAGAACGUUGGCGUGUAUGGAGGGGAGACAGUUAAAAUAGUUCGCAUUGAGAAGGCUCGGGAUAUUCCAUUGGGUGCUACUGUUCGCAAUGAAAUGGAUUCUGUUAUCAUUAGUCGGAUAGUGAAAGGAGGUGCCGCCGAGAAGAGUGGGCUGUUACAUGAAGGGGAUGAAGUUCUGGAGAUAAAUGGCAUUGAAAUUCGUGGAAAAGAUGUUAAUGAAGUUUUUGACUUGUUGGCUGACAUGCAUGGUACCCUGACUUUUGUGUUGAUUCCCAGUCAGCAGAGCAAGCCUCCUCCUGCGAAGGAGACAGUUAUACACGUGAAAGCACAUUUUGACUAUGAUCCCUCUGAUGACCCUUAUGUCCCCUGCCGAGAAUUAGGACUCUCCUUUCAGAAAGGAGAUAUACUCCACGUGAUCAGUCAAGAAGAUCCAAACUGGUGGCAGGCUUACCGAGAUGGUGAUGAAGAUAAUCAGCCACUGGCUGGCCUGAUUCCUGGGAAAAGCUUUCAGCAACAAAGAGAAGCAAUGAAGCAAACCAUAGAAGAAGACAAGGAACCAGAAAAAUCAGGAAAACUCUGGUGCGCAAAGAAAAACAAAAAGAAACGGAAAAAGGUUUUAUACAACGCGAAUAAAAACGAUGACUAUGACAAUGAGGAGAUCCUGACCUAUGAGGAAAUGUCUCUGUAUCAUCAACCGGCGAAUCGGAAGCGACCAAUUGUUCUGAUCGGCCCCCAGAGCUGCGGCCAGAACGAGCUGCGGCAGCGGCUGAUGAAUAACGAAGUGGAACGCUUCGGCUCCGCUGUUCCCCAUACCACUCGGAGCAGGCGAGAGACUGAAGUAGCUGGCAGGGAUUACCAUUUCAUUUCCCGACAGGCAUUUGAGACUGACAUAGCUGCUGGGAAGUUCAUUGAGUAUGGAGAGUUUGAAAAGAACCUCUAUGGGACUAGUAUAGACUCCGUGCGGCAAGUCAUCAACUCUGGCAAGAUUUGCCUUUUGAACCUUCAUACCCAGUCACUGAAGACACUACGGAAUUCUGACUUGAAGCCAUACAUUAUAUUUGUUGCACCACCUUCACAAGAGAGGCUACGUGCUUUAUUGGCCAAGGAGGGGAAAAACCCAAAGCCAGAAGAGCUGAGAGAAAUCAUAGAGAAGACGAGGGAGAUGGAGCAGAACAACGGCCACUACUUUGACACAGCCAUUGUCAAUUCUGACCUUGAUAAGGCCUAUCAGGAGCUGCUUCGGUUAAUAAACAAACUUGACACAGAACCCCAGUGGGUACCCUCUACUUGGCUACGAUGAGAGCACAAUUCCAAGGGACAGAUGGACUUCAAUCAAGUGUUUUUUUUUUCCAAGGAGGUCGUGUGUAGGUCUGCCCAAUUGUAGCAUGAAUGCCUGUGAGCUCUAGACCUCAGUGGCUGUAUCCUUUGCCAGUGAAAUAGCAUAGUCCUGACAAAAGUGUGCCCUCCAGCUUGGCAGCAGACUUCACUGAUCUAAAAGUUGUCCAAGGCUGUUUUUUUUUCCUCUGUGGUCUAGAAAUGGAGAUUUCUGUCAGUACUAAAUCUAAAGCUUUAGAUAGUUUGUUGGUUGAUUGUUUUUCUUUUUCUUAGCAACUACUUUAUAUAUAAACCCACCUUUUUUAACCUAGAAUCACCCUUAUGAAAUCUAAGGUUUUAAGUGUAUAUAUAUGUGUGUGUGUGUGUGUGUGUGUGUGUACAGUCCAUGCUGUCACAUAGUUAUAAAUAAGAAUGUUAUUUAACACUUAACUUAAUGAUGUUGUGGAACAUGAUGGUAGUUCAGGAGCAUAAUUCUACAGAUCAUUGGGCAGAGAAAUAAUCCAUACUGUUACUAAUACAUUAAUAUUAAUGAGAAAUCUUCUCCUGUUAAAACGAAAACACACAGAGUGAAGAUGCAGCUGUGGUCUGGAGCUGCCCUGUAAAGCUUGAGUUAAUAUUUUAAUCCUCAGACAUUCCACUUUCUAAGAGCACUGUAAUUGGAAGAUGUGUAUAAUGUAAAUAUUGCAAUCCUUCUGUCUUUUUAGUCAGACUUUUUAAAUCAGAGGCAACUGGACAUUGAGUUUAUUUUGAGGUUGGUUUUUUUUUAGGUCCAAUGGAAGAUGAAUAUAAAUAUUAAUCUUUUAGAUGUGAUAUUUUUUAUGGCAUUUUCAUUGGGACAUAUUGACUGAAUGGAGCUGCUGGUUUCCCCCAGACCUGUAAAGAUAUUUAGAAAGGCAGAGGUUAUAUUUUUGUGAGAGGAGGGGGAAAUAUAUAUAUAGUUAUAAGACAUGUUUAAAAGCCAGCUGAAGUUCUCAUGUUUUAUAGCAGAAUACUGACUAAAGCAGACUGAUGUGGUGAAGAGCAUUGGAAGAGAGCAGGGGGUUCUCAUGUUUUAUAACAGAGAGCAGGGGUUUCUCAUGUUUUAUAACAGAGAGCAGGGGUUUCUCAUGUUUUAUAGCAGAAUACUGACUAAAGCAGACUGAUGUGCUGAAGAGCAUUGGAAGAGAGCAGGAUUUUCUCAUGUUUUAUAACAGAGAGCAGGGGGUUCUCAUGUUUUAUAACAAUGCUGACUAAAGGAGACUGAUGUGCUGAAGAGCACUGGAAGAGAGCAGGGGGGUCUCAUGUUUUAUAACAGAGAGCAGGGGUUUCUCAUGUUUUAUAACAGAAUACUGACUAAAGGAGACUGAUGUGCUGAAGAGCACUGGAAGAGAGCAGGGGUUUCUCAUGUUUUAUAACAGAGAGCAGGGGUUUCUCAUGUUUUAUAACAGAAUACUGACUAAAGGAGACUGAUGUGCUGAAGUGCAUUGGAAGAGAUCAAGGGCUUCUUAAUCUCUGCAAAUUACAAAUCUUGUGGCUGUUGGGCUAACAGAUAACUAACUGGAAUUAAAAAUAGCUGAAGGUAGCUACCCUGUUGUAAAUGAGUGUUGUGAUUCCCUAGCCAGCACCGUCCUGGUUUGCUCAGUACUGCAGUGGAAACUUGUGUAAGACACUGGGAACUGAUUGGGGAAUACUUCUAAAUGGUUAAAACAAGGAAAAAGACUUGAGUGAAUAAAAGGCAGCAUCUUCCUGCAUCCUAGUGUGUCCUACAAAGCAGAGGGGAACAUCUCUGUACCCUCAGAUGACUCUGAGCUGUGAAGGUUUAACUGCUGAGGCAGUAGAGCUGUUCUUUUGCUGAACAGUAGUAUCUUGGAUGUUCUGGGUAGCACAAAGAAGCUUGACUGUGAAUCUCUCUUUAUUUUAGCCAUAGUGUUUCUUUGUUCCUACAGAUAAAACACUGGAGUUACAUCGAUGUGUAGUUCACUCCUGUCUAAUGUUAAAGGCUGAAAAAGUAGUUGAUUGUUUUUUUUCUUCAAUUUUCUCUUGCAUAUAUAUGCUUGCUUCAAAUAGUGAUGGAACAAAUUCACACCCACAGUUAAAACAGAGGGCUCCAAGUAUACAGCAGAUAGAAUUGAUCUCAAAGCUAUCUUGGUCACUGAACUAACAUUCAGUCCAUUUGUGUGUUGAAAUAUGGAAGUAUGGAGUGCAUCUCUUGUUAGAAAGAAAAAUUGAUGGUUUAAUAUUUAGGGCAGAAAGGCAAUUAAGCAAUUAGUGGGGAUAAGUAAUGACCCUUCAGAAAGAAAAGGUGUUGGGAAGUGUAGUGUCUUUAGUUCAAUUCAGUCUUAGAAAUAACCAUGGACUGGUUGGUGGCCUAAGGGAUGGAUAUUCAAAAUAAUGGCUUUUUGCCUCACAUUGCAGGCAUGUUCUCAGUUUAAACCACAGUUUGACAGCUACAAUGUUCAGGUAUGCUGGGUAGUCAGUUUCAUAAAUGACAAAAUACUGCAUGGAUUCUACCCUUUUGGAAGAAAGGUGAUUGUGAAUGUAUUAGGCCUUUUGCUAUUGUCAGUUUCAUAACUGGGCAAGAAAGUGGAAAGCAAUAAAUGUGUGUGUUUAAGCAUGUAGCUGAGCCAGGUCACCCUUUCAGUUCAAAUUCUUGCAGUCACAGUCAGCUCCAGAUGGUUGCUGAACACUUAGGUAUAACAUUCCCAGGCACUGUCAGUCACAGAAAGUCCUGCCACUAACAUCUGUCUCCCUGGUUCUUCUGCAAUGGCAUAGGGAAGCUGGAGUUAGACACACAAGCUUUUGAAUGUAGACUUGAAGAAUGUUGAAGUUCAGUUUGCUGCUCCUUUAAUUCCCAGGGCUCAGGCUAACAUCCAUGUAGGGAGGUGCUAUGAUAAUUUAUGACUAAUGUUAGCUGUGUCUCCUGAUGAAAGGAAAAGGCUUGAGCAGUGCGGAGAAAUGUACCUGGCUGUCCAUCUGCUGCCAGUUUGGACCUGGAAGGAAAUGAUUCUGCCUUCUUUAAUGAAGAAUGUGUGCUAGUUCCCUUGAGAGCAUAUGCAGACUUCACUGGGGAAACUCUUCAACCUUAUCACAGGCUUUGUGGUGAGCUGUAUCAGACUGCAAUGAUUGUAUUGACAUUGUUACCCAGUCCAGAUGUCAUUAAAAAUCACUGUUAGCUGAACUGCAUAGAACAAUUUCUGAAUGUAAUUCUCUGUGACUUUCAAAGAUAGAGGAUGGGGGUGGGAUAAUGCCUUAAAUAAUUAAGGUAACUUUACUGAGACCUGUGGUUUAGCCCAGCACUGUACUUGUAUACCUGUAUCUGCACUCUGUAUUUUGAGACAUCAUGAACUGCACACUAAUGUAAAAAUGUAAAAUAUUUCUAGAUUUCAAAUAAAUCACUGUACAAUUUUA